AUGCAAGCAUGUGCCACAUGCGAUGUGCAAUCAUAUGUGAUCUGCAAUCAUAUACGAUCUGCAAGCAUAUGCGAUCUGCAAGCAUAUGCGAUCUGCAAGCAUAUGCCAGGUGCGAUCUGCAAGCAUAUGCUACAUUCCAUGUGCAAGCAUAUGCGAUCUGCAAGCAUAUGCGAUCUGCAAGCAUAUGCAAUCUGCAAGCAUAUGCCAGAUGCGAUCUGCAAGCAUAUGUCACAUUCGAUCAUAUGCGAUCUGCAAGCAUAUGCGAUCUGCAAGCAUAUGCCAGAUGCGAUCUGCAAGCACAUGCCACAUUCGAUGUGCAAACAUAUGCGAUCUGCAAGCAUAUGCGAUCUGCAAGCAUAUGCAAUCUGCAAGCAUAUACCACAUUCGAUCAUAUGCGAUCUGCAAGCAUAUGCGAUCUGCAAGCAUAUGCCAGAUGCGAUCUGCAAGCACAUGCCACAUUCGAUGUGCAAACAUAUGCGAUCUGCAAGCAUAUGCGAUCUGCAAGCAUAUGCAAUCUGCAAGCAUAUACCACAUUCGAUGUGCAAGCAUAUGCGAUAUGGAAGCCUAUGCGAUCAUAGCUAUGUGCUAUGCUACGCUAUGCUAUGCUACGCUAUGCUAUGCUAA